AUGUUUCCCACCGAUCUUCGCGCUUUUCCAUGCAUCCUCUGUAGCGCGCAUCAUCCAGAAUCACUGCCUUCUCGCAGACUAGGUGCUGUUCUAGUUCUUCUCUAUGAAAGGGAAGGGAAGAUAAGGGUGCUUCUUACCACCCGCUCCAAGCGUCUGAGAAGCCAUCCCGGUGAGGUUGCCCUCCCUGGCGGGCGCAGUGACGACGAUGACAUUUCUCCGAUAAGAACUGCUCUCAGAGAGGCGAAUGAAGAGGUUUCAUUACCUCUUGGCUGUCCUCACAUUCAUGUCCUCCGAAUACUUCCUCCCUUCCCUUCAAUAUACUCACUAGUGGUCACUCCUGUUGUCUCUGUUCUUAAUGACACGUCAAUCCUCACUCAGCUAGUGCCUAAUCCUGGCGAAGUUGAUGACAUCUUUGACCAUCCACUGGAAGCUUUUCUGGAUUAUAAUAUUAUGAACGAUGAGCCAAACCUCUCUCCACAGGAUAGCGAGAAUUGGCACUAUCCAGAAGAAUUAUAUAACCAGAAUGAGCAUCCGAUAUUCGAUGGAAAUCACAUGUAUCGAAACAACCGCUUCCGAUCGACAUCGAUGGCUGUCAAAGGUCUCACAUCAUCAAUCAUGAUUUUCGUUGCGGAAAUAGCAUUCAAUCGCAAACCAUCAUUUCAGCAUCUUUCCGCCCUACAUCUCCCAUUUGGUGAAUCCGUUCGAGCUAUUGUAGAGGGAAAGCUGAUGCGACCAAGUGAUCUGCAACUUCCGACCACUUCACCAUAUCGAACGCGAUUGCAGGAUGAGAUCUCGGCUGAGGAGGGCGGGUAUACGUUGGAUGGAAGUAUGACCCCUGGAGUCGUGCCGGAAGCUUGAGUAUGGAUCCAAUAGGCGAUGAUUUCAGUGUAAUGCACUAGUUAUAAAUUUGAUUUGCGCGGAAAAGCUGUUGGUGUUGAGUUGGCAUUCAGAUGCCCUUUGCGCCAAUGUCCCUUAGUUGUUCCUUUGUUUGACCAGUGCUUUGUGAGCGGCGUUGCUAAGAGGAUGCGAUUACCUUUGUUCCUCAUGUUUGUGCCACACCCUAAGUGUAUAUCAGCGCAAUGAGGAUAAUAUUUUUUGGCC